AGGGUGCGGCGGGGCCGCGAGCUCUGGGCGGGGUUCGGGAAGGGGAGGCUGUGCAGUCUUGGAGGGGACUUAGACCGGUCCCCUCUCCUCUCCCGGCCUCAGUUCCCCUUUUCUUGGGAAGUGUGGGGGAGAGAUUCGCGCCUCCUGGAACGCACUGCUUCCCCGCACACACCCCUGGCACCGGCGAACUGCCCCUUGCCUGUACCGCCCCGUCAAGGAGCCUGUCCCCUCGGGAAGCCCGCCCAGACCCCUGGACCCGCGCAGCACUCCAGGCGCACCCCUGUUAAAGCUCAUCCCAAGCCAUUUCUCAUGUUCUGUGGCAAAGGGCCAGGCUCCACAUAAGACUCCGAACCCCCGAUCCAUCAGUCAUUCCCGGAUCCUGCUGUGUCUCAGCUGCCUGUGGACAUGCGCAAAGGGCCCUCUCCUGAGUCCAGAUGAUGCUCAUGCCGAUGGCUUCAGUGAUGGCGGUGACUGAACCGAAAUGGGUCUCGGUCUGGGGCCGCUUCCUCUGGGUGACGCUGCUGAGCAUGGUGCUGGGGUCCCUGCUGGCCCUGCUGCUGCCACUGGGGGCUGUGGAGGAGCAGUGUUUGGCUGUGCUCAAAGGCUUCUACCUGCUCAGGAGCAAACUGGACAGGGCGCAGCAUGCCGCCGCCAAGUGCAGCAGCCCAUCCACGGAGCUCAGCAUCACCUCCAGGGGCGUGACGCUGCUGGUGGCCAAGACCAAGGCCUCUCCAGCAGGUAAGUUGGAAGCCAGAGCCGCCCUGAACCAGGCCCUGGAGAUGAAGCGCCAGGGCAAGCGGGAAAAAGCCCAAAAGCUCUUCAUGCACGCCCUCAAGAUGGAUCCGGACUUCGUGGAUGCGCUCACCGAGUUUGGCAUCUUCUCAGAAGAAGACAAGGACAUCAUCCAGGCGGACUAUUUGUACACCAGAGCAUUGACCAUCUCGCCCUACCAUGAGAAAGCGCUGGUCAGCCGUGAUCGGACGCUCCCGCUCGUGGAGGAGAUCGACCAGAGGUAUUUCAGCAUCAUCGACAGCAAAGUGAAGAAGAUCAUGUCCAUCCCCAAGGGGAACUCGGCUCUGCGCAGGGUCAUGGAGGAGACCUACUACCAUCACAUCUACCACACAGUGGCCAUUGAGGGCAACACCCUCACCCUCUCAGAAAUCAGGCACAUCCUGGAGACCCGCUAUGCCGUGCCCGGGAAGAGCCUGGAGGAGCAGAACGAGGUCAUCGGCAUGCACGCGGCCAUGAAGUACAUCAACACAACCCUGGUUUCGCGCAUCGGCUCCGUCACCAUCAGCGACGUGCUGGAGAUCCACAGGCGGGUGCUGGGCUACGUGGACCCCGUGGAAGCCGGCAGGUUUCGGACGACACAGGUCCUGGUCGGACACCACAUCCCUCCCCAUCCGCAGGAUGUGGAAAAGCAGAUGCAGGAGUUUGUACAGUGGCUCAACUCUGAGGAUGCCAUGAACCUGCACCCGGUGGAGUUUGCAGCCUUAGCCCAUUAUAAACUCGUUUACAUCCACCCUUUCAUUGACGGCAACGGGAGGACCUCCCGCCUGCUCAUGAACCUCAUCCUCAUGCAGGCGGGCUACCCGCCCAUCACCAUCCGCAAGGAGCAGCGGUCUGAGUACUACCACGUGCUGGAAGCGGCCAACGAGGGCGAUGUGAGGCCUUUCAUUCGCUUCAUCGCCAAGUGUACUGAGACCACCCUGGACACCCUGCUUUUUGCCACAACUGAGUACUCGGUGGCACUGCCAGAAGCCCAGCCCAACCACUCUGGGUUCAAGGAGACGCUUCCUGUGAAGCCCUCACCCUAGAAAUCCUUCCUCAGUGACAAAGGAUGUCCUGAGGUUCGGGGGAAAAAAAAAGAAACAGCAUUUCUAGAAACCUAGUCACUUUCCAAAGCAAAAGGAGAAACAUUCUUUACCUCCAAAUGUUUAGUUUAAAAAAAAAAGAAAACACUUAAGUUAUGAAACCUUGUCUCUAAAAUAACUUAUAAUUCAAGCAAGCUAUUUAUUUUCUUCUUUGGAGCAAGCUAGUCAGUGUUGUGUGGUGUCUGCUGUGUCUUGCUGGUGGCCGUACUUUAGGGGCAACAGUGCCACCAUGUGAUCAGAACACAGGUUCUGGAGCAGAAUUUGCACUAAGGGGGAGGAGUGGCCAGAUGUGGGACAGGGCCCAGAGCCACUGAUAUAACGCCUCCAAGUACUUCUCUGAAACGGGCUGAGAGGUUCUGUGACUGCAACUGGGAAGUCAGACCCAAGUCGCAGCUGAAAGAAAUGGUUGAAAGCUCACUUUUCUUGAGGUUUAGAUUAGUGGUGACUAACUUCCAAGCAAACUUCAUAGAAGAGAAAAUGAAUGCUGACAUUCCUUACCUCCAGGAACUUUUUGAGCCAUAGUUUGCAAACUUUAGUGCCAGCGGCUGUUUUUUUCCAUGUUGAGACUAUUUUUCUAAUUAAGAAUAGGGGGUAGCCAUAAAGAGCUGUAUGUUGGAGGGGGAAACAUGGGGGGUGGGCAGUUUGGUUUUCUUUGUGUAUUGGUGUUUCUCUCACACUUCAUUUGUAGUAACUCAGGCCAGAUGUUUUCGUCUAAAAGUUCUCUGGGCUUGUCGUUCCACCUGUAUCAUGCUGCCAGGCAGGUAUUAUGCUAGUAGACAUCUGCCCUCACCCCUCUGCCUGAGUUUUCUGUAGGUAGAUGUUAACCUGAGAAAACAAGUGCCACGUGGACACCAAAUAAGCAUUUUUGAUAAUGAAUUAGAGCACCAGUUUCUACUGAAUGGAGCAGAAACCUUCAGCCAUGGCCAGGCUGCAUCCCUCUGGUCCUGGAGUUUCAUCUACUUACUGCCUGGACCCCCACCUUCCACGGCCUUUGCACUGUCCCAUGUCCCGUCCCCCAUGGGGAGGCAGAAGAGAUUGCCUCAGAGUGGCCUUAUUUUUCUCGCAACUUGUGAAAUGAUGCAGUGCUCUAUGUAAUAUGGCCGAGUUUCCAAGCUGUCAUCCAAUGGAAGUAGAAUCUUCUCUUUCAAUCAUAUGGCACAGCUGCCAAUAUGACUGCUGCUAUUUAGAGUCAGAGUGGUGGAAGUCACUGGGUCCCUUUCCCAGUGACGGAGCCUGUGAUGUCUAAUACUGUACUGCACUUUGUCAGCAUGUCAGUGAUGGCGAAUACGCAGUGUUGUCUGAUUUGGGAAUUCCAUUCCUGACAGUAAUGAGGCCACUGCUCUAAUGUCGUUUAUACAGUUAUUCAGUUGUAUAAAUAGCACAUUGAGUAGUUUUUGAAAGGUUAAGAAAAAUAAGUGAAAAGAUAUAUGGAAUGGCUCCAAAUGAUAAUUAUCCAAACCUCUAUAAAAUAUGUUUUCAUACUCAUGCUGCCAGAGGUACUUCUUAAACUCUUCUCGUCUUGGUUUUAUAAGCACACCAAGGAGGUCUGACAGAUGUGUUUGCUUCUACUAUAGAGCAAGAGAAUUUGCACUUUAGCUAUAUGUGAAGGAUAUUAUUUUAACAAAUUCCUGAUUCUAAUAAAGUUAUUUUAUUACAUGAA